UCACAACAAUCAACACAUCAUCCCUCACAUCAACAUCCUCCGCCUCACCACCCGAAUCCUAAUACUCAACAUAAUCAUGGUGGACAUUUCCAUCCACAUCCUCGACAACACAACCCACAUCCCAAACAAACAGGUGGAAUGACUCAUGCUCCAACAGUCGGACCUGGAAUAUCAAAUCAAUAUAAUAAUCAAAGACCACCUAGGGAUAAAAACGUUCCUACGGUGCAUAUUCCUCCGUCUCCCCACAUGAAUCCACCACAGACCAAUGUUCCCAACACGGCGCCAAUGACGUUACCUCAUCAAUCAGCUGCCAUACCUCAUCAAAUGUGGCAACAAUAUCGGUAUCCUUUCCAGCAGUAUUACGAACCAUACUAUCCUCCUGUUUAUCCGAUGCCAUAUACUGUUCCAGCGCAACGCGUUCCCAUGCAAACACCACCUCAUGUAAACAAUUCAUCACAAAUUGUUCCUCCGGCUAAAAACAAGGCCAUUCCUAUAAUUAAUCCGCUUAGCUUAAAAGAAAAUCCUUUACCGCAAAAAUCUUCGUUACCAAAGAAAGACGAGACUCCGCCGACGGCAAUAACCGAAUCCAAACAAUCGGCGGAGAUUAAUAUGGACAAAGAAAAACAAUUAAAUGAAGCUAAAGAGUCGAAAGCGGAGCGAAGGGAGCGCGAAGAAAAAGAACGGGAGGAGCGCGAGAGGAUAGAAAAAGAGCGUAAAGAGGUGGAACGUCAAAAAAGAGAACGCGAAGAGAAGGAGCGAAUAGAAAGGGAAGAAAAAGAAAGGAAAGAACGCAUAGAGCGCGAGGAAAAGGAAAGGAAGGCGCGUGAGGAAAAAGAACGUAAAGAGCGCGAAGAGCGGGAAAGGAAGGAGCGCGAGGAAAAAGAACGUAAAGAGCGUGAGGAGAAAGAAAGGAAGGAAAAAGAAGAAGAGGCCGAGCGAAUAAAAAAAGAAAAGGAGGAAAAAGAGAGGAAGGAGCGUGAAGAACUUGAGAGGAAGGAACGUGAAGAACGUGAGAGAAAGGAACGUGAAGAAGCCGAAAGAAUAAAAAAAGAACAAGAGGAGAAAGAGAGGAAGGAACGUGAAGAAGCUGAAAGAAUAAAAAAAGAACAAGAGGAGAGAGAGAGGAAGGAACGUGAAGAAGCUGAAAGAAUAAAAAAAGAACAAGAGGAGAAAGAGAAGAAGGAACGAGAGGAAAAGGAACGUCUUGAAUUAGAACGAAAGAAAAAAGAGGAAGAGGAAGCGGCUGCUGCAAAAGCUGCCGAAGAAGCGGAAAAGCAGAAACAAGCAGAAUUAGCAGAAAAAGCUGAACCUAAAAAAGAAGAAAAGAAAGUAACCAAGGGCCGUCCAGGUCCUCUUGAUCUAACAAAAGCGACGUCGGCUUCUGCCCCUGGAAGUGCUCCACUAAGUGCUCUAGGAAGCGCUCGGAUCAUCGAUGACUUGAAUACUGUUCCUUAUCCACCAAAUAUUAAAUCUCCCAAUCCGCAACUAAAUGCAAAUGCGGAACCUGGUAAAUUUAAAUAUGACAGGACAUUUUUAAUGCAAUUUAUGGAUGUUUGCAAAGAAAAGCCGGAAAAUCUACCAGCUUUGGAUGCUAUUGGAAUGGAGGAAUCGAAAGAAGAUAAAAAACGUAGUCAACAGCGAAAUAUUGGAGGAUCUAGUGGAGGUGGAGCUGGUGUUGGUGGUACAAGAACACCUCAGCAUAAACCGGCUGGUGCAUCUCAAUACGCGAACAUGGGCGAAUUUAAAUCACCACCAAAAACUAGUGAUGAAAGAUUCCAGCAAUCCACUAUCAAUCUUGGCAUGAGCCGAUCCAACAGCAGUAGUUUCGGCGGACGUCCUCCACUUAGUAACCGAUCCGGAAGUAACAACCCAUUAUUGCCUAAUGCUAUGUUAUCUAACAAUAAUCCACCAAGCCCGGGAAGAACUCCAAGUGGGCGCGGUGGCGGUGGCCGGCAAUCAAGAAAGCCUCAACAUGCUCAACCCGGUGCUCCGACAAUUCCUCCUGAACAAGUAGUUCCUCUUGAGCAAUCUGAAAACAGGUGGCAACCUCCAACAAUUGCUGGAGGCUUGCCAAAAGCUACUGAAGACUUCAUUCCACUAGAAGUGGUCCAACGGAAAGUCAAAGCUUUAUUAAAUAAAUUGACAUUGGAGAAAUUUGACAGCAUUUCUGAUCAAAUUAUUGAUUAUGCCAACAAAUCACGCAACGAAAAAGAUGGUCGGAUUUUAAGAACAGUCAUCCAACUCACCUUCCUCAAAGCAUGUGAUGAGUCUAAUUUCAGUCAGAUGUAUGCGCAGCUUUGUAGGAAGAUGAUGGAGCGAAUUGAUCCGGAAAUCGUGGAUGAGAAUGUAAAGAGCCCAGAUGGUAAUAAAUAUGUACAAGGUGGAACAUUGUUUAGAAAAUAUUUACUAAAUCGUUGCCAAGAGGACUUCGAAAAGGGUUGGAAAGUAAAUAUACCAGUACCUAGCAAUGAAAAAGGAGAGCCCGAUCUUUUAUCCGAUGAGUAUUACGCCGCUCAGAAAGCUAAACGUAUAGGUCUCGGCCUAAUCAAAUUCAUUGGCGAACUCUUCAAGCUCACUAUGCUCACUGAAAGGAUCAUGCACGAGUGUAUAAAGAAACUGCUCAGUAACGUCUCAAAUCCAGAAGAGGAAGAGACGGAAAGCCUUUGUAAAUUGCUUACUACUGUUGGUAAGCAACUUGAUCAUCCAAAGGCUAAGGAACACAUGGACGUCUAUUUCAAUAGGAUGAAAGCUAUGAGCGAUAAUCCUAAUUUGAGCAAUAGAAUAAAGUUUAUGUUACUUGAUGUCAUUGAACUCAGAAAUAACAAUUGGGUUCCAAGACGUGAUAAUAAUGCACCAAAGACAAUUGCAGAGAUCCAUGAAGAUGCUGCUAAACAGAAAGAGGAGGCCGAAUUCUUACGGCGGACAGCUAGCAGCGGAGGAAGGGGUUUACCGAGACUCGACCAACAGUUAUCUCGACCUGGCUCAGGGCGACGGGAUACACGUGACAAAGGAACACACGGAGGAAAUGUUCCAGCUAACGCAGAUGGUUGGAGCACAGUUGGAAGCUCUUCAUCAGCAUCAAGAAAAACUGGUGAUUUGUCCAAAUUUGGCUCUGUUUCACGAAGUAAAGUGUCUGGUCUAAGCUUAGCUCCUGGUGGACAAGGGUCAUUCGCUGGUCUUGCUGGAGGAUCAAAAGGCUGGAAAGCAGAUAAUCGAGAUCGCGAUGACAAGUCUUCGGCAACGAACCGUACGAGUCCAGUUCCUGCCACUACAAGUAGCACCAAUGUAUAUAGCGUGUUAGCACAUACCGAAAAUAUCGACGGAAGGAAAAGUACAGAAGGUACUUCCACAACCAUAGACUCUGCAAAAUCAGUUGCAUCAUCUUCAACUCCUAAUCCUCCGCAAGAACGAAAGAGGUUGCAGCUAUUACCAAAAGGAUCAACUCAAGGAACUACCCCUAUUAAAUCUACCGAUGCUCUUAUCAAGGAUACAACAUCAACAUCUACAGAGAAAGUGGCCGAAACCCCAAGUCUCACGGCCGAACAGGCAGGCAAAAAGAUACAGAGUAUGAUUGAUGAAUAUUGGUCGGUCUUGGAUGUAGAGGAGGUUUCUAAAUGCAUGAAGGAACUUCCUCCCCAACACCUAUCAGAAGCGAUGCUAAGUUUCAUAACUGAUGUCUUAGAGAAAAAGCAAAAAGAUGUCGACAAUGUUGCGAAGGUCUUUAAAGAUCUUACUUCAAAGGGAAUAGUAGGGAAAGCCGACGUUAAAAAAGCUUUCGAGGACGUUUUGCCGACUGUAGAAGACCUUGAACUCGAUGUACCACACGUGUCCGAUUUCACCGGUCAGCUACUCCAUAGCGCAGGACUUGAGAUUGAUGAAACAGCUGAAUUGAUCUCAACUAUGGACCUAUCAAACGUGGAACCCUGUGCAGCAAAAGCCAUGUUAGCCUAUCUCAAUGCCUUGAUGUCGGAAAUUGGGGAAGGGGCACUCGAGAAUAAAUUAAAAGACUCUUCCUUCACGAUAAAAACGAUCUUCCCUAAAGCUACCCCAGAACAAAUUAGUAAAGUUUUGGACAAACAUUGUGGAAUCGACGGCGAAAAAUAUUUCUAG